AUUUCCUCUUUCGAACCGCGUGAUAAGGGAAGAAAGAUGACACAGCUAAUUGUUAAGAACGUGCACGUGACGACAAUCAACUCCAGAAUCGCUUGUGCGGCUAAUAACCGCCUGCGCGUCCAUCGUUAACAACUCUCCGGCACACGCGCGCGGAAAGAUGAACCGGUCCCUCAUAGCGAGGAGUGUUGACGAGAGAGAAGCAUCGAGCGUGCGUGCAGUCACCGGCUGACGACGCGCAAUGCGAAACUGUCGGCGAAAGUGUACAAUCACGGUGAAGGUAAAACGACGGCAUAUUAUUCGGCUCGCUAAUCUCAUCGCGUGUGGAUUCCUCGAACCUGAGCGACUCUCUUCUGCUCUCGUGAGCGCUGUGAGACACGCAGCAGCUGCUCGCAGUCUCAGUACGCAAUACGUAGAGCAGACGACGCCUGAACGCCAGCUGACGAGUAAGGCGUAGUCACGUUACGAGGUCGGAUCUGCUUUGGCGACAAAAGGAAAAAUAGAUACACGCAGCGGCUCCGAUCAUCUACGCUUUCACAUGAAAGAUGCCCCUCGAGGGUUAUGAAUCGGAGAUAGAUGACUUCCAAUCUGACGAUGCCACAUGGGUCCUGGCUAGUACCUUCAUAAUUUUCACGAUGCAGUCCGGCUUCGGACUGCUGGAAAGCGGCAGUGUUUCCACGCGCAACGAAGUGAACAUCAUGGUGAAGAAUGCUGCUGACGUCAUCUGCGGAGGCUUCACCUAUUGGAUGCUAGGCUAUGCGUUUAGCUUUGGCACGGAUCCCGGAACGAAUCCGUUCUGCGGAAUAGGUCACUUCUUCGUGAACGCCGACGACAAGAGCAUCGGCUGGGUGUACUCAAAGUUCUUCUUUCAGGCGUCGUUUGCUACAACAGCGACAACGAUCGUGUCAGGUACAUGGGUACAUGUGGUUGGCGGGAUAAACGGGCUGGUCGCUACGAUUCUGCUGAAGCCUAGACAUGGCCGCUUUCAAUCCAAGUACCCGCCACAGAUGGGCUCACCUACAAAUGCAGUCCUCGGGAUGUUCAUGCUUUGGUGGGGCUGGCUUGGUUUCAAUUGCGGAAGCACCUUUGGUAUAUCCGGAUCGAAAUGGAAGCUAGCAGCGAGGUCUGCAGUAGCUACCCUCAACUCCUCCAUGGCAGGUGGCAUGACGGGGCUUCUCCUAAGCUAUGUCACAAAGCGCCGGAAGUUGGACGUGUCGUAUCUGAUUAAUGGAGUACUAGGCGCUCUCGUUUCUAUAACAGCCCUGUGCGCCCUCGCCGAGCCGUGGGAAGGCAUCGUCAUCGGCGUAGUGGGAUCGCUGAUCGCUUGCAUGGGUGCCGAACUCCUCAUCAAACUGAAGGUGGACGACCCCGUGGGCUGUGUGCCCGUGCACGGCUUCUGCGGCAUCUGGGGCCUGCUUUCUGUAGGGAUAUUCGGCAAAGUGGACACGCUGUCUGGCACAUCGGCCUCUGCCGGUCUCAUUUACAGCGGCAGCUUCUGGUUGUUGGGAAUACAAUCGAUAGGCGUUCUUUCGCUUAUCGUGUGGACGGCGGUCAUCGCCUUUGUGUUCCUCAAGCUGAUCGACGUCACUGUCGGACUACGAUUGCCUCUCGAUCAGGAACUACUCGGCUCCGAUCUCGUCGAGCACGACAUCGGCGACAACAUUUACGACAAGGUGACGGGAACGAUCCGCCCACGUGUGCUCGACGGCCCAGCUAGCGAGGACGAAAGCAUUCCGUGGUCGUCGACCGUCGCCUUCUCACUGCCGCUCUACCGCAUUCCGAGUGUCGUCGGCUCUCUGGAGUACGUCCAACGCAUCGCCUCGCUCACCAGCGACUCGCACGUGCUUGGCGACAAGAACCACUUCACGCACCUGCAUCAGCUUUACAACAGGAGGAUAUCGGAGUCGUACCACCGCCGCGCGCUUAGUAGAUCACGACGAAGCAAUCCGCCGGCGAAACGCGGGAACGCUGCGCGCCGGCAGGGCGUGUGGACAAUAUCAAUGUCGGAGAAUCAGGUGCUGAAUAGCGAUGACAAGAACCCCGACAGGCCCCACUCGCUGAGUGUGAAGAGUUGUAAGAAGAGUAGGGUGGGUGAUGCCGGGGGGUGUAAAAGAAUGUCCAUUCACCGCGACGCGUGA